GACGCGGUCCCACAGGAACCAUUCGAUGAGUGCAGCUGUUUAUAUCCGACUACUUCCGGGGUGUGUGUAGCUCCGCUGCUAACAUUAGCCGUGACAACCGAUACUUUACCCCACAGUCUCCUGUAGUGUGCAGGAUCACAGAUCGCCAGCACAGAAUGGAUGGCGAAGAGAAAACCUAUGGCGGCUGCGAAGGCCCAGAUGCCAUGUAUGUGAAGUUGAUAUCUUCUGAUGGCCACGAAUUUAUUGUAAAAAGAGAACACGCAUUGACAUCCGGAACCAUCAAAGCUAUGUUGAGUGGACCAGGUCAAUUUGCUGAGAAUGAAACCAAUGAAGUGAACUUCAGGGAGAUCCCAUCCCAUGUGCUGUCAAAGGUCUGCAUGUAUUUCACUUACAAGGUCCGCUACACCAACAGCUCCACGGAAAUACCCGAAUUUCCCAUCGCUCCAGAGAUCGCACUGGAACUGCUCAUGGCUGCAAACUUCUUGGAUUGUUAGAACGAUACACGAUGUAGCUGCUUAAAACAUUUUUAGAUUAUUUUGACUAUUUAACUUGUUUUGCAAUGUUCAACCUAUACACAAUUGAUCUGUAUUUCUCAUAUGAAAUUUAAAGAUUUUCUUUUUGCA